UUCAGAUUAUCUUUUAUUUUACCGUCCUCAAAAUGACCUUAUUUUAUUCCAUAAUAGUUUUUUGAACUAGGUGCCAAGUUAUGACAGAUAGUGAUAUGAAUCUAGUCGAAGAAGAAAAUAAAGAUGAAAAAAUUGCUAAGCCAUCCCGACCUCCUCCAAAACCCCUAAUAGAAACCGCUAUAGGACAAUACACCAUAUUAUCAGUUGUCUUAGGUGGCGUUGCAGUUCUAACAGUAAUUGCCAUAACUGCAGAUGAGUGUAGGAAAUGCUUCGAUAAAGCCGCAAACUUACAGCCGACAGAGAAAAUACAAAAGGCGUUUUGGGCUUAUGGUAAAGAUGUCGAUGGAGGGCAUUUACAAGAAGUUUUCACGAUACUACAUCGAUUAGGAUAUAAAAAAGAAGAUAAUUACUCGGAGUGGGAUCUGCUUUGGGCCCAUGAUUAUCCCUUUACGGAACUUAGGUCACAAUUGGACAAUCUGAAACCUCAUCAAAAAGUUAACCAUUUACCGGGAAUCGGUCACAUAACGAACAAAGUGACUCUUGCUACUAGCGGCUUAAAUUACAUACCACCAGCAUUCAAGCUACCUGUGGAUAAAGACAAACUACUGGAAUAUUCCCAGAAGUUUCCCAAUGUAUCGUUUGUACAAAAAAACAACGAUCAUCGUGAGGUUAAGAUCAAAAAGAUUUUUGACGUGAAUUUAGACCAAGAAGGGACUUUUCUGCAGGAGUAUAUCGAUAAGCCUUUAUUAGUUAGUGGGCACAGAUUUGAUAUUGGUAUUUAUACUAUAAUUACUUCUGUGGAACCUUUAAGAGUUUAUAUUUACAACGGAGAAGGACUUUUACGAUUCUGUCCAGAAAAAUAUUAUCCAUUUGACCCCGAAAACUUGGAUAAAUAUGUUGUGGGUGACGACUACUUGCCCGUUUGGAAAAUACCUGCGUUGGAUUACUAUUACAACGAAUUAGGAUUUGGGAUGAGAGACAGCCUUAACGCUUAUUUAAAAAGUUUGGGCAAAGAUCCCAGUACUAUUUGGAAACAGAUAGAAGAUGCCAUUCGAACUGUGGUAAUAGCCAAAGAAGCUGCUAUUGUUGAUGUUCUACAAAGGUACACGAGUAAAAGGAACUUUUUCGAACUAAUGCGUUUUGAUUUCUUAGUUGAUGAAAAUCUAAAAAUCUACUUAUUGGAAGCAAACAUGAGCCCAAACUUAUCGUCAGCUCAUUUUCCACCAAACAGACUGCUGUACCAACAAGUAUUAUACAACGUAUUAGGUUUGGUUGGAGUCGGAGAAAGUAUAUACAGAAGUUCUUUAGCUGUAAGAUCAAAAUCAGAAGAAGACAUGGUGGUAUCUGACAAAACGUUAGCAGUUUAUCCAAAUGUAUGUAACAGUCACACGUGUCGUUCGAAUUGUAUGUCACUGGAGUGCCAAUUAUGCAAAACUUGUAUUACCACAGAAACUCGCCAGUAUUUAGUGACAGCUGUCAAAGAACACCUGCAUAAAGCUGACUGUAAAAGAAUAUUUCCUCCUCCAAUGAGUCAAGAAGAAGCUGCCAACGGUAUAGAUGUGGACCAGUACUCACCUGAAAAUCAACUACAGUACAAAUGGUUCCAGGGAAAGUGUAUUUUGGACGCCUCCUGGUGUUAAUUUUUAGAAUUAGUAGAAUAGAGAAAUGAUAUAAAAUAAUAUUUAUUUUAUAAUAACAAAUUACAAUAAAUUCA